AUGGUAAAUAAAGAAUUUAAAAAAAUUAUAAAUCAAAUUUGUAAUUUGGUUAAAUUACUUAAUCAAGAUGAUGAUGGUUUUGAUAAAGAAUACCAACAAGAUGAUUUUGAUGAUUUAAUACAAUCUUUUAACUCAUUAUUUUCAUCAAAAUUAAAUAAUCAAAAUAAUGACCACAACGAAAAUCAUAAUGCUCAAGAUGAUAAUAAUAAUAGUAGAAAGAAAAUAAUAGCAAGUUUUUUUAAAUUAAAAAAUGGACAUGAAUCACUUUCAAAAAAUUUAGAUAAACUUGCAGAACUCUCAAAUAGGAUUGGUUUAAAAUUAUUUGUUGGUACAUUACAAUGUACAAUAGAUUAUAACGAAAAAGAGAAAAUGUAUAAUGGAGAUUUCAAUGAAUACAUUCAUAAAGUUUAUGAUACUUGUGAAUUUGAUAAUAUGAUUGAAGAUGAUAUUCAACAUUUAUUUUCAGAUGAUAAUAAUAAUAAUAAUAAUAAUGAAGAUGAAGAUGAAGAUGAUUUAGAUAACUAUAAUAAUAGUGAAAAACUUUGGGAUUCAAUGAAAAUAAAUAGUGAAUUAUAUCAAAUAUAUCCAAAACUAUCAUAUAAAACAAUCAAAGAAAGUUCAAUUGGUAAUAAAAAUAAAAUUGAUAAAAUUCAAGAAUUCAAUAUUCAUGAUGAAAUUCAAAAUUUAUAUUAUAAACCUUCAGAUCGUAAUAAUAAUAAUAAUAAUAAUAACAAUAAUAAUAAAAUUAAAAGAAAAUAUAGAAAACCAGCAGAAGUUUUAUUUUGGUUGAGGAGAUCAGAGUUGAAUGAUAUUGUUAAAAUUACAUUUACAAAUGAAAAGAAGAAAGCAAAUAAGUUAUUAAGAUUUCAUUUAAAUCAUAUAUCAAUAAAAAGAAAAAAGAAUUUAUCAAUAAAUUCUGAUACUAUUGAAACUGCUGAUUUAAUUGUCAACUAUAUGAAACAUAAAGAUUUAUCAAGUUACUACUGUAUAGAAUUACCAAAAGAUAUUAAAAAUUUAGUCAUUACUUAUACUCCAAAUCAUGUAGAUUAUAUUCUUUCAAAACAUUUAGAACUUUUUUUAGAUAAUCCUUUAAUUCUCAUUGAAAAUUUAAAACAUAUUUUAAACACAAAUAUUUUAAACAAAGAAUAUUUAAGAAAAAUGAUAAACUCAAUUCAAUCUUUAAAACCUUCAGUAAAUGAUCCAAGAUAUCCAUUUUAUCAUCCAUUAUUAAAUAAUAAUAAUGAUGAUGAUAUUAUUAAUAAUAAUAAUAAUAAUAAUAAUAAUAAUAAUAAUAAUAAUAAUAAUAAUAAUAAUAAUAAUAAUUUAUAUUAUGAUGAAGAUGAAGAAGAGAGAAAAUUUUAUUUUGCAGAAAAAGUUUAUUCAAAAACUCAAUAUUAUUUAAAGAUACUUUAUGAUGCUCAUUUAGAACAUGGAGGUGAUAUUAUACCAGAUUGGUUAAUAUUUUCAUUUUAUAAGUUAUUACUUCAAUAUGGACCUUGUUUAAAGAAUAUAGAUCUUAUUAUUUUUAAAUCAAAAGCAGAUAAUUAUGAAAAAGUAAUAAAAAAUAAAAUUGAAUUAAGGGAAUUUAAGCAUCUAGUUGAAUUACAAACUGAAUCUGAAAAAAUAAGAAAACGAAAAAGAAUACAUAAUAAUAAGAAUAAUGAAAAUAAUGAAAAUAAUAAUAAUAAUAAUAAUAAUAAUAAUAAUAAUAAUAAUAAUAAUAAUAACAAUAAUAAUAAUAAUAGUGAUGAAGAAGAUGAUGAUUGUAAUUAUGAUGAUGAUGAUGAUGAUGAUGAAGUUUAUACAUACGAUAGUCAAAUUUAUUUAGAUGAAGAUUUUAUUAAAAAUCCAACACCACCCCCAAUUAAAAAAAAAAUAUCAUAUCGAACUAAAAUUACUACUUUACCAAUUCCAACAUCUUUAUCAAAUGGAAAUAUAACUAAAAAAAGAAAACAACCUGUUGUUAGUAAAUUAAAAGUUGAAACUGAAAAAAGAUGGUUUACAAAAGAAGAGAAAGAUCGCAAUAUAAAUUUAUUUUUAAAUAAUAUAAUGCCAGAUGAUAAUUAA